UCGUCCUCGUCGUCCUUUUUAGCGUGAUGUUUGAAUUGAAUGUAUAGGCGCACAUCGACUUAUUCACAGUUAAAUCGUGACAUUUGCUUUCAGAUCGGUCGGUUGGUAGGUCCUCUGUGCUCGGUUCUCAGUUCUCGGUUCUUGGUGUUUUCUCGCAGGUGAGAUGUUUAAAAACUUCAACGGAAAUCCUUCUUUGUCCCAGUGGAAUAUUGUUCUGUUAAUUGUCCUGCCGAAAAAACCAUUUCGUUGAAUUAAGAAAGUUUAAUCGUCCUCGUUGUCGUCGUAUUAUAUUAAAGUGUGUUAACGACUGUCGAUGUUGAUGUCGAUGUCGAACGCCAUAAUCGAGUGGAAUAAUAUACCUCUACGUAUAGUUUUUCUUUUUUUUUUAUUGACCAAUGAAAGUUCGAUUUAUAUUUUGUUGUAAGGUGAAUCCUUGCCAAGGUGAUUAUGAUUUUCCUGACUGGGAUGAAGGCAGUGAAGUGUGUUGUUGUGGAAAUAGAAGUAGAAGUGUAAGUGGUGCGCGGAAGUGAAACUGAAAGUGGCUGCCAAGGUUUCCAUUUGUUAUGGUCAAGUGGAAUGCAAAUUUUCCGUUAAUUCCGAAACACUCGAAAAGUUCUUGAGAGUUGAUAGUACGACGAUACAUAAUAUAAAAAUUCGAUUUUUUAAAAUCACUACAUUGUGCCGUUUAGUUGGUCUAACUUACGUACCCUUUUAACCAAAAAUUUAAGCAGUUAAACGAUAAAUUUAAAAAGCUAAUGUUAAGUCAGAUUGAGGGCCAACAUCAACAUAAACACGGAUGAUGUUGGGAUUCAUUUAUUUGAUGUUAAUUCUCGGUUGGAUUUUAAUAGUGUUAUUUUUGCGAUGUAAAAAGUCGAUAGCGCCCCAUUUUGCAUUCACCGAUAAUUACACGGAAAAUGUUGCCCGUCAACCAACUGUUCAUGUUAUCGAAUUACCAUCGGAGGAUUUCAGAGACGAUAUGGAUUCAUAUUCACAGGUCAGUCGUUCAAGGCUUGAUUCGUAUCGGUCAAGGUCUGUCAUAGAUGAGAGAACUAUUGAAACCUAUCCAACGGACGCUGUUAUAAAUCCUGCCUAUACCAAUGAUGAGGAAUAUAUUUUAAAUGCUCCACCGCCAACUUAUGAUGAAGUAAUGAGACAACCUGAAAUUUAUCCUCGAGUCAGUGAAGUAAAUAAAUCACGAUCGAAUAUUUAGAAAUGAAGAAAACAAAAACGUCACAAGAUAUGUUUGUAUAUAGAUUUAGUUACGAUGAUAAGACUAAAUUGUUAUGAUUUUUUUUUUAAAUAUAAUAUCGUAUAUCGAUAUUCAUAUCACAAACAGAGCAAAAUGAAGUUAACAAUACGGUUAAAGUUAAACUGGAUGAAUUGUAUAUAAAAUAUCGAAUGUCGUUUGAAUAUAUCGAAUCUUAAAAAAUAUCUGUGAUUUAUAGAAAUUUACAUUAAAAACAAAAAAAAAAACGUACAGAAGAACAACAAAAUUAUGAAUAAAAUUAGAAUAAAACUGUGCAUGUAAAAUUAAUUAUUAUAAAAACAAAACAAAAACUAAACUAAGUCCUUAGACAAUUUUUCAGCAUGUUUCUUUGUACUUAUGAAUAAGAUUUGAGAAAAUAUAAAAUUAAUAAUAGAA